GUUGUCUUGUUUGUUUGUUUCAGAUUCUUCCAUCUAGGGUUUUUGGCAUUCGCAGCGUUCGAAUUCGAUCAAUCGACAGAUUCGGCGAAGAUGAUUUACGACGUUAACUCCUCUCUCUUCCGAUCCUUCCUCAGUCAGAAGGGUGGAGCUUCAGAUAAGAGGAAGAACGAGGAACAGAAGCCAAGGGAGCAGAAACCCAAAGCUAGCGAGAACAAACCUGUCAUGAAUGAAUGAGCAGUGAAUUGAACUGUCUGUCUCUCUACAUGCAUCUUGUCUUUUGGUUCUGUCUCAGUUUGACGGUUUUGCUUGUUCUUGUGGUUUUCCUUUGAAAAACUUUCCAGACUUUGUUACUGCAUCUGUCCUAUUUUUUUGUCUCACAACAUUCUGAUCGACUCUCCAAAGGAAUUCCCUGAUGCGGGAUCUCUUUCCGUAGGGAUUCAACCA